GCCUUCAUGUGCUUGUUUUCAUUUUGGCAUUUACAAUGUAUGCUAAUAACGUUUACGAAAAUGAACAGAACUCGGGAAAUGUUCCGGCAUUUUUGAUGAAGCUAUGGACACUAGUGGAAGACCACUCCACGGAUGAUUUAAUAUACUGGGGACAGAAUGGUACAAGUUUUCACAUUCAUGACCAAAACAGAUUUUCACGUGAAGUUCUACCAAGAUACUUCAAGCAUAACAACAUUGCAAGCUUCAUUCGCCAACUCAACAUGUAUGGAUUUCGAAAGGUGGUUAACGUAGAUCAGGGUGCUCUGAAGGUAGACAGAGAUGACCUUGAGUUUCAUCACACAUACUUCCAGCAAGGUCAGGAACAACUGUUGGAAAACAUCAAACGGAAGGUAUCCAACAGCAACAGGAUGGAAUCGGUGAAACUCAAACAAGAGGAUGUUUCAAAAGUGCUCACUGACGUGCGAUGUUUGAAAGGACGACAGGAUGGUCUCACUAAUAAACUGGAUCUGCUAAAAAGGGAGAAUGAAGCUUUGUGGCGUGAAGUAGCCAGUCUACAGCAAAAACACAUGAAGCAGCAACAGAUUGUGAACAAGGUGAUCCAGUUUUUGGUGACCUUAGUGAGAGGAAAUCAAAGUGUGACUAGGAAACGCAAGACACCGCUCAUGCUCAGUGAUUCGAGCCACCUGGAUGCAAAGAUACCCCGAACAAACAGUCAUCUGUCCAUUGAGGUGAAGAAUGAGCCAUUCAGCAUUCAGAGUCCUAAAUCGUUUGAAGGACCUAGCUCGGCAAAUACUCACACAACUCGAGGACCAAUAAUCCACGAUGUGACUGAUUCAUUUCUCCAGAAUUCUGGUGUUCUGUUAGAAGAAAUAUCAUCGAGUGACCUUGAGGAUCUUGUGUCAGGAGGUGAGAAGAACGUGGCCACCACAUCUGUGCUAGACCCCGUCGCCACCUCCGUGCCAAAGACCGUCGUGUCGUCCAGUGUUCCCGUAACAACUGUCACCUCCGUCCAGCCCACGUACACGACAAACACCACAUCAAGCUAUGACAAAGAUUCAAGCCCCAAUCAGGCCGUACAGACUGAGCUGGAUGUGAUGCAGAUGGACCUAGACAGUCUAAAAGAUCUCUUUGCUGGACAGUACAGCAUCGACCCCAACUUGGUGAUGGGGAUUUUCACACCAGAUGUUUCAAUGAAUCAGUCAUCUGAAACUAUUUUGGAUAGUCUGGAGAACUCUGCAGAGAAUUCCAACAGUAAUAACGAUGCAGCCACAAACAUACUUGGUAAUGAGUUGAUUCAGUACCAGCCGCCCGAAGAUCUUCCAAACUUGUUUGACUUCGGUGAUGUCUACGACGGCGAUCUGAAUCACAUCACCACAGACACAGACUUUAUAUCCGAUUCACUUCUGACGCCGGACUGCACUCCCGUCAGUCCAUCCACCCAUGAUCAGACGUCGUUGACAUCGCAGGUGAAAACGGAGGAAGUCGAUUGAGGCACUUCAAGACAUUUUUCACUGGACUUUGUUUUACUCCACUCUGUACACAGGAUGAUCGGAUGAGGAUGUCAUGCACUCAGAUUGUGGGGUUAAGAUCGUAAAAGGGAAAUUUAUUUUCACCAGUUUAAUGGUUUGAGACCAGUUUAUACAUACAUGUAGGUUUGUGACAAAAGUGUGGAACUGGAUUAUAAGUUGAACAAAAUGUGUAAUUUAUUUCGCCAGGUUAAGAUCCUAUAAGUAAAAUAUAUUUUAGCCGAUUAUAUGUUGAAGACAUAAAUGUGAAAUUUAUUUCACCAAGUUCUAGGUUUAAGAGAAAAGUGUGAACUGACAUCUCUAGAUUAUAAUUCGGAAAAAAAAUGGAGGCUUCUGCAUGAAGUACAUUUAAGUAAUUACAUGUAUUUAACUUCCAUAUCAGCUUUGAAAAUGUAAAAUGUAUUUCACCAGAUUACAGGUUAAGAUAAAAAUGUGAAAUAUUUCACCACAUUAUAGGUUGAACAAACUAAACAAAAAUGUUGUUGAGGGUACAUUGAAUUGUCACUUUAAGAAAUGAGGCAUUUAUUUUCACCGUGUUGCUUUAUUACAGUCUAUCUUGUUGAGUUUCAUCUUGUCAACUGCAACAUUUAGUAUUUCACUAACAAAACUUUGCUCAAGUUAACAGUUUUUACAAUACACCCCCUCUAAAAGCCCAAGUAACCCCCACCCAAAAAACCAAAAAAAACCCCCAAAAACAACAACCCAUAAAUAAAAAAUAAAAUAUUUGACACUUUAAAAAUUCCUACCAGCUGUUUUGCUUUGUUGUUUCUGCUGAUCACCUUCAGUGUGAUAUUUCCACCGCUUACAACAAAUACAUCACCUUCAGUGUGUUAUUUCCACCACAUACAUUUCUGGAGCCAAUUUACAGAGCUCUCUUAAGCUUUUUUAAGUGACAUUACAUUGCACAGCGAGAUCGCAAAAGUGCGAGAAUUUUGUGAAUUAGGCCCCGGUCAUUAUGUAUACUGAGAGAAAUAAAUAUGGGAACACUUGGUACUGUAAAAUGUAAUGUAAUGUAAUUCACUACUAGUGUAAUAAUUUCUGUAUAUAAUACAUAUACAGAACUUCACAUGCAUAGUUUUCGCUUCCUAUUUAUUACACAAGUUUAUUUUGGCAAGAAUAUAUAUAGCACGAUAUGUUCUUGUGCAAAAUAAACAAGUGCAAUAAAUAGGAAGCAAAAACAACGUAUGUGAGAUUCUGUAUUUAAUACAUACCUUCUUUUACUUUUUACAAAAACGGUUUUUAAUUUAAAAUCAUAACUACACUUUCUUAAAUCUAUUAAUCAAUCUUCCAGUCAUAGAUUUUCUAAACAUUAAGAAUCAUACUCUGCAGCAAUCUUGUGUAAUGUUUCAAAUACGAUGUGACGUAAUUUGUAAAUCGGACAUGACAUCAGUAAUAACAAGGCGCUAACGCCAGUAAAAAUAAAAAGGGAAUUCCCUAUUUACAAGUUCGCACAGUUCGAAAAUGUCUUUAUUACUAUAGUAAGAUUGAAUAGGUAUGUAAUAAUAAAGAUGUAAUGUAGGAUUGAAUGCCAGUAUUAUGGGGUUGAGAGUAACAGUUAACUUCCUGACACCAUGGAAGAGGGUAUUAAUUGAAGUCGCUUUCUUCUGUCAGUCUUUCUGUGAUCCGUUAUUUGUUUCUAUCAGUACAUAUGACCUCUUUGAAAUUCAUGUUUGAGAACAUUUUGCAUUUCAUUAAAUUCUUGUAAAUAAUAUGUUACUCUCUAGAGUUGCUUUUGGGAUAACUGCAGGCUUACAGAGCAUCUUGCUUGUCAACUAUUAAAUGCAGGGAUCUUUCUUUCAGCCUAAAUUAUUGCUGGCAGGGCUUUUUUCUUCCUGAUUUCUGGGACUAUGUGUUUAUUUUCAUACAUUUUAUCAUCAAUUCCAUCUGAUAUACCUUCAUGUGCACCUGCUUAGGCUGUUCAAAGCAAGGACCUUUUAAUUGAGGAUGAAAUAUAAAAUAAAUAAGCUUUUGUUUGGUUGAAUGUUGAUCCCGGUGCAGAAAUGAAUGAGGAAAGAUGGCAGCAAAAUGUGUUCAUCAUAUUACAUAUUAUAUGUAUGUACAUGCAUAUAUCAUUCAUCACAUAGCUUACCACCACCACUUGUGUUAAAUGCUUCAACAGUCACCUUCCUAUUAAUCUCAUACAUUUGGGGGUUUUUGCUUUUCACAACUAUAGUAGCCUGGUAAUCAUAACAAUUUGAAGUUGUGUCUUCCCCUGUUAACACUGUAUUGCAUUUUUGUCUUUCGUGCAUGCUAUAUUAAAAGCAGGGUGGGUAGUGUCUGUAUAUUCAAGCAGAGUCGUAUGGAAUGCUUGACUUGAAAUAUAUAUUGUGAGGGUACGUUGUUCAUGCCAUUGUACAGACAUUUAAGCAGCUUAAAGUUACCUUGUGUUUUCAUACAUAGCCUGACAUCUGAACUAUGGCUUUUGAAGGACAAAUAAACAAAUAGAAGUUGUGUGACCAGGACAGGAUGCCCACACGUCAUUAUGAAGAUUUUACCAUUUGAUUGGCUGUUGGAAUGUUCAGACUAGUUUAUGGGUCUAGGGAGAAAGUGCCACAUGUCAGAGGUCAGGUUAAAUAUUCAUGAAAAUGGAAAAUGAACUAUCCAAGGGUUUUUUAAUUUAUCGUUAAGUAGCCAUACUUCAAUUAUAAACUAAAAUAUCAAUAACAAGUGGGAUGUGAUGGCACUAUAGAUGAUUGAGUAAACUAUUUUUCAAGACAAAUAAAAUGUGUACCAGUAUGUUUUGAGGCAAUAUUUUGUUAGGCCAUUUAACACGUUGAUUGCCGUGUGACUGCCUUUAAUUUGCUAAUGUUAGUGGUAUGUUUUUUGUUGUUCCAGUGUUCAUAGAUAUAUUUUUUUGUCAUGACUGUAAAACUUGAAUUAAAAGGGUGUGUCACAAGUUGGUGAGUAUGUCGGUAAAAUCCAUGAUCUAACAGUGAUUUUAAGAUAUUGAUUUAAUUUCUGAAGGUAGGGACACUUUGCACAUUCCUACUGAAAAUGUUUCUAGUCAAGCUUGUGUUAGCAGCCACUAAAGGAAGAAUUUAAGGCAGUUGAUUAUUUAAUGCAUAUGACUUAAUUUGGGGACAAUUCAACACUUAUGUAAUGCAAAAUCUGACUGCAAACAUCAAGACCACAAGAAACACAUUGAAUAUACAGACACUAAUAUUUUGAACUUUAAAAUUUAUUUAAUAUGUAAUUUUAAAAAGGUUUUUAUUAAGUCUGCAACAUCUUACAAUGAAAGCAAACUCAGGACGAUCUUUUUAAUGUAAUAACACUGAACUUAAGACAAGUAAUAAGAUUGCCUCUUACAACUACUGGUUGCUUUAUACAGAGGUUUGGCGUAUAAAGUUAUUAUAGUUCAUCACACGGGGAACACAUUUUUCAUGCUAUGGAAUUUACUGCAAGUUAUUUAUUUCUGAGCUGAUUGUUUUCUAAAGUGGAUACAAAUUAAAAUAAUAUUUUUUUUAUUUCCAAAACACUUUUGCUUUUCUUCUUACAUCAAACAAAAUGAAAUUUUUACAAAAAACAGCACAUUUUUGUAGGAGGAUAGGAUGGACUAUAUAUCAUUGUUGAAUAUUUGAAUAUUUUCAUUUUAUGGCUGUAAAUAUUUAAUCUGUUUUUGUAAUAUCGCUGCAGUCCUGUAACUAUAUUGCAAGUACCUCCUUGUGUACUGAAUGCAAGAAAAUUAAUGUGUUUCAACAUAUAUUUUUCUUUUACAUGUUGCACAUACAUGUAGCUGCUUGUCAAGUUGGGAAAUAGUCCUCUUUAACUGAAUAAAUGAAACGAUGUGGUUUUAUAAUCUAACUGUGAUAGUGAACAAAACAAAAAGAGACUCAUUCAGGGAAUAUCUAGUAUGUGACAUAAACUUCAUGAUAACUCGCAACUUGAUUAAGAUCUCUAUAUAUUUCCUGAGUAAAGGUCACCUGUUGUCAGUGCUAUAUUUAAUAGGCUUCUUAAGUGGUAUCUUCAUACAGGUGUGACCAGGACCAUUAUGGUCACUGAUGCUUCAUUUAAUUCACAUUCAGAGAACACUAGUAAAGGAACAUUUUAAAAUUAUAACUAAAAAACCUGUCUGAUUUAGUUCUGUGUGUAUAUAUUCUGUAUAAAUAUCGAUAUGUAUAUAUAAAUUAUAUAUCAAGUGCAUCUACAUAUAGUCUCGCCAGAAAUUAAAGAUCACCUUUUGUUGUUACAUUGGAGUUUGUUUGCCUGUAGGUGAAAUAUUGUUGUGCUGGAUAAUAGGAAGGUGAAGAGUUAUAUGUUGUAAUCCUAUGUUUCUGCUUUCAACAAUAUUUAUAAAUCUAUUUUUGCGUUAACAUAAACAAUUGUAGUUAACUGCCUUGAAAAAUCAAGAUAUGUUAUAUUUUGUUCUUUUUGUGUGUGUGGAGGGUUGAGCGAAGGGAUCCCUACAUUGUUCUUAGUCAUGGAUAUGAUCUAUUGUCUUAAGAAUAAUAUUGGCUGGUGAAAACUGUUUUCUAGAAACUAUAUUGAAACUAAUCAUGCAUGUCAAUAUUAUGGCUGUGUAUCUAAAUUUGAUCUUCUGCUAGGGCUUUUUACUUUAAACUUGCACCAUUUAUCGAGGACAGAUUUGAGGACUUGAUAUCAAACUGAAUAUUUUUUUAUGUUUUUUUUUUUUUUUUAAGUGCAAUAAACAUCCCUUCAAUAAUAAUGUCUUUUUCAAAACUCCUUUAUUUAUAGUGGUAAAAAUUGUCAAAUAUUUGAUCAAAAUAUGAUGGUUUAAAAAAGGGGCACACAUUGUUUGUUUAUGAUCAAUCAUAGACCUACAUGUAACAUUAGAUUUGUUUCAAAAACAGUGCAGACACUUAUUUAUAGAAAGACCUUCAUUGAAUAUAAACUGGGACCAACAACACACUGUUUCUGUAUUUCAAGAAAUUUCAUAAGAAUUUAUGAUGAAUGGGGUGGGGGGUGGGGUGUUGAUUGGUUUUUGUUUUAAUUUAAAAUUAUAUAACAAAUGGUUGUUAUUGUGGUGUUUUCCUGUAGAAUAUUCAGGAAAAUACUGUUAACUAUUUGAUGAAUAUCAUUGGAAAAUGUGUAGAAUUUUGUUGGAAAAUGUGUAGGUGAACAGAUUGUUUUAAUAUUAAUAAAACACAACAAAAAUUAUUCAUCGCGCCAAUUCGUAAAUGAGAUUUUUGAUGAUAAGAACUGAAAAAUAGUAUACCGAGUAUUUUAGUGCAACCUGAAAACAAUUUCUGUGUUUGUUCUUUGUUGAAAAACUUACAAUAACCCCUUCAUCGAAAUACUCAGCCAAGUUUUUUGUAAAUUAUGUGGUCCUUGUCUUAUUUGUUGUUGUGAAACCCCCCAUAUUUGGCACCCUCGGGACCAAGAAGAAUAUCUUGUUUUAAGGGAUAUCUGUUUAGAGAGGUUCUCUCUUGUACUGGUAUUUAAAAAGGGACCGUCUGUUUUUGAGAGAAUUCUGGUUUACAGAGGGUCUGGUUUUGAAAGGUUUCACUGCAUAUUGUUGUAAAAUGUAACUGGUAUCUAGCUUUAUUUUGUUGAAUGUCCCUUCAACAGGCAGACCUAUAUUUGUGAUCUUUGUCUUACUUGAGCUGAUCUGGGCCCCGUUCCAUGAAGCGAUCUUAGUGCUAAGAUCACCUUAAGUUCUUAACUGCCUUAUGCACUUAAGUAAUCUUAGUGCUAAGAUUGCUUUGAGGAGUGUGGCCCAGGAGUUCAUCACACAGGGUUAAACUGGGGAUGUGGUGAGGGAGAGAGACAACUUUGUUAAAUAUCCACCACUGAGAAGUAAAAUUACACAUAUAUAAUUUGGCAUUGCUCAAAUUUAUGAAUAUUCCAGCAGACUCACAAAAAAGUUAUUUGUGAUAAAGCUUUGAACUGCCCUUUAAUGAAAGUGCUACAUUGUUUCAGAUUUGUUUUCUGUUUUUCUAUAGGUAGGUUUUGGUGGGAUAGAAUUGGGCUUGAUAUAUAUUUUGUAUGUUUGUCAGCUUAAGAGCACAUUUAAUGUUAAAUUGACAAAUUCUGUUACGCUUAUAUCUUUUAAUGGGAGUUGAUAUAAACCAAUAUUUAUUUUGUAUGUUUGUCGGAGCCAAUUUAAUGUUAAAUUGACAAAUGCUAUUACAAAUUUAUCUUUCAAUAAACAGUUUAUGUGUGGUCUCCAAUAGUCAUUGUUUAUCUUUGUGCUGGGGUUUUAUUUAGCAUUCAUUCAUACAUUAAAUAUAAAUUCAACGUUAACAGUACAAAAAUAUAUCAAAAUGCAACUUAAUUUUUUUUUUUAGAAUGAUGUAUCAUAUGUAGGUUUGGUCUGUGUAUUUGUUUGUUAUUUGGUAAUCAUCAGGGCCACGUUCCACGGAGCAAUCUUAACGCUAAGGUCAUCUUAAGUGCAUAAAGUACUUAUCUUAGCGCUAAGAUCAUCUUAAGUGCAUAAAGUAGUUAUCUUAGUGCUAAGAUCAUCUUAAGUGCAUAAAGUACUUAUCUUAACGCUAAGAUCAUCUUAAGUGCAUAAAGUAGUUAUCUUAGCGCUAAGAUCAUUUUAAGUGCAUAAAGUACUUAUCUUAGUGCUAAGAUCAUCUUAAGUGCAUAAAGUACUUAUCUUAACGCUAAGAUCAUUUUAAGUGCAUAAAGUAGUUAUCUUAGUGCUAAGAUCAUCUUAAGUGCAUAAAGUACUUAUCUUAAUGCUAAGAUCAUCUUAAGUGCAUAAAGUAGUUAUCUUAGCGCUAAGAUCAUUUUAAGUGCAUAAAGUAGCUACACACUUAAGAUGAUCUUAGGGCCUAGUUUACUUCGUGGAACAGGACCCUGAUCAUUAAGUCAGUCUGUACAGAAUGUGAUUCCGGUACAUGAUAAAAUUGUGUUAUAUUAACAUGUUGCUACAUAUCGGAGAUUGUGAUACAAAAUAUAAUUAAUUAUGAUGAAUGAUGGCAUGUGCCGAUCAAAAAUUUAAAUUAAAACAAAAGUGUCUUAUUAAAUGUUUCAGCAUGACUUAGUCUUUGUAUCCAUUUGUUAAUUAGUUGAAACACACUGUGAAAUCCAGGAGCCAACUUCACACACAAAUUGUGACUACAUUUACCGUUAGCAAUCUUAGGUUUACAAAUAUUUGCAAACUACAUUUACCGUUAGUAAUGUUAAGUUUACAAGUAUUUGCAAACUACAUGUGUAUGUCAUGAAAAACAUACACCAGUAUGAAGGAUGGGCCACGGUAAGGACAAAUGAAAGUGAUUUAUUUAUAUUUCAAAAUGUAUUAUUAUACUGUUUGUAACUAUAACAAUCAUUUCUUAGUCAUAAAUUUAUAUUUAUAAAACUAGGCUACUAAAUCCAACUUUAAAAUCAGUUCUUAUAAUUGCAAUGAGUCCGAAAUGUACAUAAAUAAUUUUCUUUUGUCUUUAUUGUGAUCCAUAUUUUGUGUUUACGUUUUGCCCAAUCAGCUGGCUAACUAUUUGAAUGAUUGGUUCCGAAAUGUUAUUUGUAAUUGUGUAUAUGGGCACAUGGCCUGAGAUACAAUAAAAAAAAAAAUU